AUGCCUUUAGAACUUACCUGCCCUCCAGGUGUUAAUGGGAUCUCUCUUCUUAUUCCAGCCCAGGAUGAUCAGAGCAAUGAGGAGGGUGAGGAACUGGAUCAGCAAUUGCCAAAUCGAGGUAAAAAUGUGGACUUGAAAGAAAACAUCAGGAAUCCAGGCAGACCUAAGAGAAAGAAAGGCAGCCAUACAGUUGAGAAGAGGGAUGGAAGACGACAUAAUGCACGUUUUCCAAAGCAUAGGAUAAUGAGGGCAAGUACAUCCGUUCAGUGUGUAAAGCACUUCAAAACCAGAUCACAUCUCCCUCUGCACCAAAGACAACAAAAAGGGGAGAAACCGUUCGAAUGCACAGUGUGUGGAAGGAGAUUCAGUGAGAGAGGGAAUCUUCGAAGUCAUCAGAGAAGCCACACAGGGGAGAGACCUUUUGAAUGCUCAGAGUGUGGGAAGAGAUUCAGUCAGAGUUGCACCCUUAAAAACCAUCAGAGAACCCACACAGGGGAGAGACCUUAUGAAUGCUCAGAGUGUGGAAAGAGAUUCAGUCACAGUGGCAGUCUUCAAGGGCAUCAGAGAACCCACACAGGGGAGAGACCUUAUGAAUGCUCAGAGUGUGGAAAGAGAUUCAGUACGAGUGGCCAUCUUCAAAGUCAUCAGAGAACCCACACAGGGGAGAGACCUUAUGAAUGCUCAGAGUGUGGAAAGAGAUUCACUGAAAGUAGCCAUCUUCACAGGCAUCAGAGAAGCCACACAGGGGAGAGACCUUUUGAAUGCUCAGAGUGUGGAAAGAGAUUCAGUCACAGUGGCAGUCUUCAAGGGCAUCAGAGAACCCACACAGGGGAGAGACCUUAUGAAUGCUCAGAGUGUGGAAAGAGAUUCACUGAAAGUAGCCAUCUUCACAGGCAUCAGAGAAGCCACACAGGGGAGAGACCUUUUGAAUGCUCAGAGUGUGGAAAGAGAUUCAGUCACAGUUGCAGUCUUCAAAGGCAUCAGAGAACCCACACAGGGGAGAGACCUUAUGAAUGCUCAGAGUGUGGAAAGAGAUUCAGUCAGAGUGGCAGUCUUCAAAGUCAUCAGAGAACCCACACAGGGGAGAGACCUUAUGAAUGCUCAGAGUGUGGAAAGAGAUUCAGUACGAGUGGCCAUCUUCAAAGUCAUCAGAGAACCCACACAGGGGAGAGACCUUUUGAAUGCUCAGAGUGUGGAAAGAGAUUCAGUAGGAGUGGCCAUCUUCAAAAUCAUCAGAGAACCCACACAGGGGAGAGACCUUUUGAAUGCUCAGAGUGUGGAAAGAGAUUCAGUAGGAGUGGCAGUCUUCAAAGUCAUCAGAGAACCCACACACAGGAGAGACCUUUUGAAUGCUCAGAUUUUUUUGAAUGCUCAGAGUGUGGAAAGAGAUUCAGUCGGAGUGGUCAUCUUCAAUGUCAUCAGAGAACCCACACAGGGGAGAGACCUUUUGAAUGCUCAGAGUGUGGAAAGAGAUUCACUGAAAGUAGCCAUCUUCACAAGCAUCAGAGAACCCACACAGGGGAGAAACCUUUUGAAUGCUCAGAGUGUGGGAAGAGGUUCAGUCAGAGUGGCAAUCUUCAAAGUCAUCAGAGAACCCACACAGGGGAGAGAUCUUUUGAAUGCUCAGAGUGUGGAAAGAGAUUCAGUCGGAGUGACAUUCUUCAAAGUCAUCAGAGAACCCACACAGGGGAGAGACCUUUUGAAUGCUCAGAGUGUGGAAAGAGAUUCAGUCACAGUAGCAGUCUUCAAAGUCAUCAGAGAACCCACACAGGGGAGAGACCUUUUGAAUGCUCAGAGUGUGGAAAGAGAUUCAGUGUGAGACAGAAUCUUCAGCAUCAUCAGAGAACCCACACAGGGGAGAGACCUUUUGAAUGCUCAGAGUGUGGAAAGAGGUUCAGUGAGAGACAGAAUCUUCAGCAUCAUCAGAGAACCCACACAGGGGAGAGACCUUUUGAAUGCUCAGAGUGUGGGAAGAGAUUCAGUCAGAGUUGCAACCUUGAAAAGCAUCACAGAACCCACACAGGGGAGAGACCUUUUGAAUGUUCAGAGUGUGGAAAGAAAUUCAGCUAA